AUGCUAGUUUUGACGAACAUAAGCAGGGAAAUGAGAUUUGAGGUUUCAAAAGUGAACGGAAGGGUUUUCCUCAGGGGAGACUUGGAUGGGAUUGAGUACAAAGGGUCUGAAUGGAACUCGCCUUGCAGCUAUUAUAUUGCCGAGUCUUCGGGAGGCGCAAUUGACCUGAGAAAGGCCAAGAAGGCCAGAAUAAUAGUGUUCGAGACCGUUUAUGAGACGGGGCUGUUGCAUGAAAAGACGAGCAUCAAGGAGCUGGCUUUUACCUUUGGAAGCAAAAGGCUUGUGGGGUAUCAUAAGAAAAGAGAGGCUGAGGGGUAUUCAAAAAGAUUCUUUGCGUCGAAAUUCGGAUACAGAGACCAGAUACUUCCGCCAACGAAUGGAGAGGCAAAGUGUCUGAAGGAGAGAUUUGUACUAGAAAAGAUGUUUCCAAAGGAGGUGCUGUCAAGCUUUUCAGAGAUCAGGCUGGAGUCUGUGCUGUUGCAUCCCGAUCUGAUGGAACUGAGGCAGAGCAUGAGCUAUAAGAUCCACUUUUUACUUGCGGAUUGCAUAAUCAAGCUUAUGGAGAAGAAAUACAUCACCGACGACUGUCUGAAUGACUCUGAAUACUCUAGUUUCUUCGUGAUGAUAAAGGAUGAGAUAGAGAACAGGAUGCUGACGCCAUUGUGUAGAGAUAGACUUGCUAUUCUCUGCUACAUACUAUUCCUGCAGAUAGAAGGGUUCUCCAUCAAGUAUGAGAUUCUGCCGGACUUCAAGUUUUCGAAAGAAAAGGUUAUUGCGAUGUUAAAGCUGAUAGGAUGCCUUUACAGCUCGCAAACCGACACCUUCAAGAUGAAAAGCAAUCCGGCACCCUCCUACGACACUUCGAACUAG